GCCCCCCCAGGAAAAGAGAAAGCUGAGGGGCAGAGAGUCCCCCAGGUGUAUCAACAAGCCUGUGAUAGGCACAGUACUCUGCUGUUACAGCAGGCUGCAGUGUAGAAAGGAUGUCUUUGUAAAAACAGGGCUUCCGUAUUGUCUCGGGCUCCCCUGGAAAUGCAGUAAGGAUUCGUAUCACAUCUCCGUUGCCAUAGCAACAGCAGUCUUUCCCAUAAUGAGCUGCAUCAUCUGAACUGAUGUCACAGCAUCAUGCAGCAGGUCACACAAGGCACCUCCUAGUAUUGCAUCCUACAGAUGUGCCGUAAACAUCAAAAGAGGAUGAUUUGAACAGGACAUGACAUAUAUUAAAGAAUUAUGUUUUAAACUUUCCUGCGUUAGCCAUGGAUGUAGCACUCUCUCCUAUGAGAACACAAGAUCUGGACCCCAUGCCAUCUGAUGCUUCUCCCAUGCUUAUAAACAUGACUCCUACAGUAGAUGGAGAUGGGGAAGAGGAUGUCAUGAAAGAGCUUGAUUCUGGCCAGCAAUAUGACAAGCCGCCUCCUCUACACACUGGGGCUGAUUGGAAGAUUGUUCUUCAUUUGCCAGAAAUUGAGACAUGGCUUCGAAUGACAUCUGAAAGAGUCAGGGAUCUGACUUAUUCUGUCCAGCAGGACUCGGAUAGCAGGCAUGUGGAUGUGCAUCUAGUACAGCUAAAGGAUAUUUGUGAAGAUAUAUCCGAUCAUGUUGAACAAAUUCAUGCUCUACUAGAGACUGAGUUUUCUCUGAAGCUUCUCUCAUACUCUGUCAAUGUGAUAGUCGAUAUCCAUACAGUACAACUACUCUGGCACCAGCUCCGUGUUUCUGUUCUGGUUCUGAGAGAGCGCAUUCUCCAGGGGCUACAAGACGCUAAUGGAAACUACACCAGACAGACUGAUAUUCUGCAAGCAUUUUCUGAAGAGACAAAGGAGGAUCGACUCGACUCUUUAACUGAAGUUGAUGAUUCUGGACAGCUAACGAUCAAAUGUUCUCAGAAUUACUUGUCAUUGGAUUGUGGUAUUACUGCAUUUGAACUAUCUGACUACAGUCCAAGUGAAGAUUUGCUUGGUGCUCUAGACGAUAUGACAUCCAACCAAGGUAAAGCAAAAUCAUUUGAAUCCUGGAACUACAGUGAGAUGGAUAAGGACUUUCCAGGACUUAUCAGAAGUGUGGGUUUACUUGCAGUAGCAACAGAUUCCAUUGCUCCUCAGUGUAAUGAAGCAUUAAAUGAGAAAAAACAUUUACCUCUUGCAUCAGAAGAUGGAGAUGAAAGCAAGGACAGGAAAGGACUACAUGAGCUUUCACAAUCUUCUGCUAAUUCUCCUGUUUCUAAAGGACCUUGCUCUGAAGAUGGCAUCUCAUCAACUGAGAACAAAACAGUUCCUGCACAAAAGAAACCAGAAUAUAAUCUUUCACAACUCAGUGAUGAAAAAAUCAAACACCCUCACUGUGAAAACUCAAAUCCUAAGAGAUCCAUAAGAGACUGCUUUAACUAUAAUGAAGAUUCCCCCACACAGCCUACUUUGCCAAAAAGAGGUCUGUUUCUGAAAGAUGAUGUAUUUAAAGACUAUAUGGAAAACAAUGACUUUAAAAGGCAAAUCUCUCAGAUAGUAAAGAAUGAAAUGAGUAGAAGUACACCCUCACUGUUAGAUCCACCAGACAGGUCCAAACUUUGCCUGGCUUUACAGUCAACCUAUAGUAGUCCAUCUGCUGUUAGUCAGUCUUAUGAUUGCUUAAAUAAAAUAGGCGAUAGUAAUCUUGAGUACACAAUAAAUAAUCACUUUAAGAACAGUCCUGUGAGUCUAGGAAAACCUACUUACUAUACCUGUAAAGAAAAAUCAAAGCACAAGAAGUCUCAUGACACUCCAGAGAAAGUGAAAGCUGGCAGAACGUCUGUACGUAUGUGUAAAACAGCUCCACCAAUAGGUAAAAAAAGAGGACAUUCUCUACAAAAUGGAAUUACUUCUCAUAACUCUCAGUGUCUAGAGGGCGCAGAAACUGAUUCUAUUUCUGCAUCAUCAGAUGCUUGUAAUCAGGGAGACCUAAAUGGACAAUCACAAGGUAAAACUGAGCCUUUUGGCUCACCAUGUAGCCAAAAGAGUGCUUCCUCAGCUAGUUCUGAACAUAUCAACUCAUCACCUCUUUUACCGAGAAGAAAGAAAAAUAAAAGUUUAUCCUCAUCGCCAUGUUAUAGUCAUACAAACAGUAAAGAUGGUGAGGUCUGGUAUGGUUCUGAUGAAUAUUUAGCACUUCCUUCACAUCUCAAACAGACUGAAGUGCUAGCUUUAAAACUGGAAAAUUUGACAAAGCUGCUGCCUCAAAGGCCCAGAAGAGAAGCUAUUCAAAAUAUCGAUGACUGGGAGUUGUCAGAAAUGAACUCAGAUUCGGAAAUGUAUCCUACAUACCAGGUAAAAAAACACAAAAAAAUGGGUAGAAUUUCACCAAGCUCUUCAAGUGAUGUAGUAUCUUCCUUGGGUGACAGUAUUGAAUCUGGGCCUCUCAGUGAUAUUCUCUCUGAUGAAGAUCUUUCUAUGCCUGUGUCUGGCAUUAAAAAAUAUACUGAAGGAAAGUCGGAAAGGACAGCUGCCACACAGCGCAUUGAGAAUGAAACCUCUGCCUCAAAUAAAUCAGCUUUAAUUCGUCAACUCAUGCAAGAUAUACAACAUCAAGAGAAUUACGAAACCAUAUGGGAAAAAAUUGAGGGGUUUGUAAGCAAGCUGGAUGAAUUAAUUCACUGGUUAAAUGAAGCCAUGGAAACAACAGAGAAUUGGACUCCUCCUAAAGCAGAGACAGACAGCCUUAAACUGUACCUGGAGACACACUUGAGUUUUAAGUUGAAUGUUGAUAGCCACUGUGCUUUAAAAGAAGCAGUGGUAGAGGAAGGACGUCAACUUCUUGAGCUUAUUGUAUCUCACAAAUCAGGACUGAAGGACAUGCUGCAGAUGAUUGCAAGUCAAUGGAAGGAGCUACAGAGGCAAAUCAAACGGCAACACAGCUGGAUUCUUAGGGCUCUGGAUAUCAUCAAAGCAGAGAUACUGGCUACUGAUGUGUCUGCAGAGAAUGAGGAAGGGACUGGGAGCCCUAAGGCUGAGGUUCAGCUAUGCUAUCUGGAAGCACAAAGAGAUGCUGUUGAACAGAUGUCCUUAAAGCUAUACAGUGAGCAGUACAACAGUAGUAGCAAACGAAAGGAAGAGUUUGCUGAUAUGUCAAAAGUUCACACAGUGGGAAGUAAUGGCCUUUUGGACUUUGAUUCAGAAUACCAGGAGCUCUGGGAUUGGCUGAUUGACAUGGAAUCCAUUGUGAUGGACAGCCAUGACCUGAUGAUGUCAGAGGAGCAGCAGCAGCAUCUUUACAAGAGAUACAGUGUAGAAAUGUCAAUCAGGCAACCAAAAAAGAUGGAACUGCUCAGUAAGGUUGAAGCUCUGAAGAAAAGUGGUGUUUUACUACCAAAUGAUCUCCUUGAAAAAGUGGAUUCAAUUAAUGAAAAAUGGGAACUGCUCGGGAAAACCCUAGGAGAGAAGAUCCAAGACACAAUGGUAGGGCACAGUGGGUUAGGUCCACGUGACCUGCUCUCGCCUGAAAGCGGCAGCCUGGUAAGGCAGCUGGAGGUCAGGAUCAAAGAGCUGAAAGGGUGGCUGAGAGAUACAGAGCUUUUCAUCUUCAAUUCCUGUCUGAGACAAGAAAAUGAAGGAACAAUGAAUGCUGAGAAACAACUGCAAUAUUUUAAGUCCCUAUGCUGUGAGAUCAAGCAGAGACGCCGUGGGGUUGCCUCCGUGCUGCGGCUGUGCCAGCACCUCCUGGAUGACCAGGAGACCUGCAACCUGAGUGCAGAUCACCAGUCCAUGCAGCUGAUAAUCGUAAACCUCGAGAGGAGGUGGGAAGCCAUUGUCAUGCAAGCUGUCCAGUGGCAAACAAGGCUACAGAAGAGACUUGAAAAAGACCCAGAGUCUCUGAACUUUAUUGAUCCAAGUUUGAUGGAUCUAAAUGGUCCAAGUGAAGAUGCACUAGAAUGGGAUGAAACUGAUAUUAGUAACAAGCUGAUCAGUGUUAAUGAAGAUUUAAGUGAUCCUGAUCAGGAACUCAAAAAAGACGAUCUAAGCCAGAAACCUACUUCAGGAGAAUGUGGCAGCAAUGAUGUAAAUGAAGAUGAAAGUAUCAGUGAUCGUGGAAGUCCUCUUUAUUGUUCUAGCAUUACUUCCCCUCCAAAUCCUCAUAUCUAUCAGGUCUAUAGUCUUCAUAAUAUCGAAUUAUCGGAAAAAAAACACAUGCCUUUCUUGAAAAAAACAUCAAAACUCUCCAGUGUAACACAGUCUAACAUUUUAAACAAAAGUCUUAGUAAAGACUCUUCAUUUUCAUCUACCAAAUCCUUGCCCGACCUAAUAGGGGGAACAAUGUUGGCAAAACCAUAUAACUAUAUGUACCAGAGUGGGAACAUAAGCAGGCAUUCCGAGAGUGAAAGUGGAAUAGUGAGUGAAUGUGAUACAGAAACUACAAAUAAUUCAGAAAUUUUUUUACUGAAUGAUAUUGAAAGCACUCAGAGCAAUCCUGAAAUUGGGCACACAGGAACUCAAAUGGAUGACAUAAUUGAUGUAAUAAAGCAAAAAACAAAGCAAGAUGAAGAAGACCAUGCUAGUCUCUCAGAUGAUUUUCAGUUGGCACCAUCUGGAGGUUGUGGAAAUGAAAUUGAUAGGGACUUGAACAACAUUACCAUGUGUAAAACUGUUUGUUUAGAAGAACUGCAAGGAAAACAAGAUGUGUUUACAUUUUAUGAUUACUCAUAUCUUCAAGGCUCCAAAUUCAAAUUGCCAGUGAUAAUGAAACAGUCGCAAACUGAAAAGACACAAACAGAGGGUGCUUUGUUUCGUGGUUUUUGUUUUGAUAAAAUACCUGGUAAAUCUGAACAUAAGCCUGGAGAGUCACAACCAGAUGAGUUUAUUCAUGACCAUAAUCUGGCAAAUAUCCCUGGAGGAUCAGAUCCCAAUUCCUCUAAGUCUGUAGAAACAGUAAGAAAACUAAUUGCUACAGAAAAUACAAGACAGAUUUCUGCUUUAUCUCAUAGUUCUUCAUUAGAAUCUCUGUCUGUAGUAGGUGAUUUAUUCAGCUCAGGUAUUUUUAAAAGUGGAGAUGGUCUUCAACGAAGCACCUCUUUGGAGAGCUGGCUGACUUCCUACAAAAGCAAUGAAGAUCUUUUUAGUCAUCAUGGCUCAGGAGACAUUAGUGCAAGCAGUGAUUCUGUUGGAGAGCUCAGCAAAAGGACAUUAGAUCUUUUGAAUCGUUUAGAGAACAUCCAGAGUCCAUUAGAACAAAAAAUAAAGCGCAGUAUCUCUGAUAUAACACUCCAAAGUAGUUCUCAAAAAAUGUCAUUUACUGGACAGCUGUCUGUAGAUAUUGCUUCCUCAGUAAAUGAAGAUUCAGCAGCUUCUCUCACAGAGCUCAGCAGCAGUGAGGAUCUUUCUCUCUGUUCUGAAGACAUAGUACUGCACAGAAAUAAAAUACCAGAUUCAAAUGCAUCAUUUAGAAAACAUCUUAAUAGAUCUGUAGCUGAUGAAAGCGAUGUCAAUGUUAGCAUGAUUGUUAAUGUCUCCUGCACUUCUGCUUGCACUGAUGAUGAAGAUGACAGUGAUUUGCUUUCGAGUUCCACCCUUACCUUAACUGAGGAAGAGCUAGGUAUCAAAGAUGAAGAUGAUGACUCCAGUAUAGCAACUGAUGAGGAUAUUUAUGAAGAAUGCAAUUUAAUUUCAGGACUUGAUUAUAUAAAAAAUGAACUCCAAACUUGGAUGAGACCAAAAUUUUCUUUGACAAGAGAGAAGAGGAAAAGUAACCUCAGUGAUGAAAUUCAGCACAGUAAAGUUAGUAAUGAGACAUCAAAGGCCACAGAUACACUGAACAUUGAAGCACUUUUGAAUGGUUCCGUGCAGAAAAUAACAGAAAAUAAUGGCAAUAGUAAGAAUGUAUCACGUAAUCAUGAAAAAGGGACAAAGGGUCAUCUGAUGAAAGAUAUCUCUCAGGUUGUGAAGGAUCAACUUGUGGAUGAUAUGGAGAAUGGCAAUGUUGAAAAUACUCUUGGCAGUCAUAAGGGAGAUCUUGUUAGAACGUCAGCAACUUCCAAAAUUCAUGCAUCACUUGGUGUAAAAGAAGCUGAAAAUGAAUUUUGUGUCUGUGAAGCAUUUACAGACAGUUCAGAUGAUUCACAUAUGGAUGGAAAGGAGACUGUUCUGUUGUCAGUUGGAUCCAGAAACCCUCCAAAAGAAUGUCAAAGUCAUCUUCAGUCUGAUUACCAUUGCAUUGCUUUCUCUCCUGCUAAAAAGCCUUGUCUUGAAUCUUCCUCCAAAACAAGCUCUGUAGACACACAAGCUGCUUCUUUUCAAACAUCCUUAUCUGAUGAUCAACAACACAAAAUAAGCAUUGCUGAAAAAUCUACUGAUUGCUGUGCAGUCUUGAAAUCUAGUAAGACAGAAUGUGACUCCUCAGCCAAUGGACCUGAUUUAUGCUGUAACUGUGACUCUGCUGCUUUUGAUAAAAGAAAUAUGGAAGAUGGCUCAGUACACAACUUUGUGAAGGAGAUAAUAGACAUGGCAUCAACAGCUUUGAAAAGUAAGUCACAACCCGAAUGUGAGUCAUCUGCUCCAGCUUCAUUAACACAAAUCAAGGAAAAAGUGUUGGAACACUCUCACAGACCCAUUGAGCUAAGAAAAGGGGACUUCUAUUCUUAUCUUUCACUUUCUUCUCAUGAUAGUGACUGUGGAGAAGUAAUCAAAUACAUAGAGGAAAAGAGCAGUACUCCUGUGCCACUGGAUUUUACAGAUGAGAGAGAUAAUAUUGAGUGCUUUUUUGAAGCAUGCCCUGAAGAUGAACGUGUUGAGCAGCAGCAAUCCAUUUGUAAUGGUACUCCUGAAGCAAGAGCUGAGCAGCAGCAGCAGCCUAUUUGUAAUGUUAUUUCUGAAACAUCUCCAGAGUCACCAGAUGAAUUGACUCUGGCACCACUAGGAAAAGUUAAAACUUCAUUAGAAGAUAGUAAUUUAUCUUUUCUAUGUGAUGAUGACAAUAUAAAUGCCUCCAAUCCUAACAAAGAAAAUGCAUCAAACAAUUUGAAAAAUGCUGUGGAUGAUUUGUUGAUUUCAGACUGGCAAACAGAAGGUUUGGAAAAGAAUUUUCCAGAGCUCAGCAGUACAAAGAGUAGUAUAGGAAAAUCACCUGUAACUGAAGAGCCCAAAGAAUGUGUUGCUGCUUCUGAAGAGGCUUCAGAGUUUCAUUUAAAGCAUGACCAUUCACAGAAUGAGGAGGUUUUACACCAGAACACUAAAACCCUUACUUGUGAAGAAAAUCUCUUGAAUCUUCGUAAAGAAAGACGUUUUAAUAUGCGCAGAUAGAAUGUAACUCUCUCCAGGCAUAUACAUUAUCCUAAAAACAGAAACUUGGCUGCAAUUCAGGUGCAGGUUCAUCCUGUAAACCCUGGGAUGACCUCCAAUUCCAUUGUAUCACUGCCUUUCAUUACAUUGACUCCCAAGAUAAAUUUUCUUUCCAAAUGUGAUUUGUCCAUGUUGGCUUUGUGAUCAGAUUGCAUAUGCUAGUCCUAUUUCAGUGAUCAUUUCGUGUGGUAGCAAAGCCAUUUGCUUUCAUAUGGAUUCCUUUCCCAAGCUACCUCUAAUGACCUGCCCUUCCUAAAUUGAAUGCUCCUGUACUACUUAUCACUGUUUCUGUUCUUUAAAGUUUUGAAGUUCCACAGGAUUUAUGAUCAGUCUGAUUCAUCUUUUCAGUACCGCACCUGCCAGUAUUCCUCUAUUUUGUGUAUCAAAUUUAAUAUUUAUGUGUAUAAUGCAUAAACUUAUUGAAGCUAUUUUACAUUUAAUUUGACAGUUUUGUUGGAUUGCAGCAAAAGGAAAUCAUUUGUCCUCCUGAUUCAAUGCAUCUAAAAAAUAAACAAUUAAAAUAAAUAAAUGUCAUUUUAUUUAUUUAAUUUUAAAAUUUAAUCUAUGCAACACUUCAAGAAACAACUGCAUGGUGUUGUAUAUUAGGAACUGUUGACAUUCUACUGAAUUAAGUACAACAUUUUGGUUUUUUAUGCUUCUUGAGGUGGUAAUGAGUAAAAAAAGUUUUUAAAAAAUGUGUGCCUUGCUGUAUUUCUUAUACCAUUUAUUAAAAAGCUGCUUUCACAGUAAAAUUAUGUUGAUUUGGAAGGAGGAAAUAGCAAGGUUAAGUUGUGUGAAUAAUUUCUGUAUAUAUGUAUAACCAAGUGCAAACAUUGAUGUAUAAUGACAGUAUAAAAUGCUUUCGUGUUUGUGAUGUCCAGUGAUGUGGAAAAUAUAAGCCUUAAAAACCAUUAGAUUGCAUGGUAAUUAGAAUUGCCAUAAUAAACAUAGUUUAUUGGGGAAAUAAAAAAGCAGAACUGGUGAUGUGUUUUACCUGCGUUCUAAGAACAGAAUGCUGCAUCGAAAUACAGAGAAAUACCUUUUUGUUUGAAAAGACUUCAUAGAGAGAAGCAGUUCCAUAGCUGGUGAAGAUUUGUGUUACCUGGCUCAGAAGGAAAGAUCCUCUUCUUAAAGAUUUGGCAGGCCUCCCAAGUCAAACAAGGAGAGACAAACAAUCAAUACAUUAAGCUAACGUACUGCCAGCAGCAGUUAAAAGUGGUCAAGCACACUUUGAUAUCAGACGUUUUCCUUUUUCUUUUUUUCUUUUUAUCAUUGGAAUAUUGGGUUAUAAAAUGCUCUCUGACUCUUAAAAUUUCUUUCAUUUACAUAAUUAUAUUGAAUAAGCUUUAUAUAUAUAUUCAUAUGGACACUUAUACAGUUUGCUCUUUCAAUGACUUAGGCUGUACAUUUUAAAGGUUUUUAUCUUGUGCUGGCUAACUAAAUCAAGCCAGAUCUACCUCUGCAAACAUUGCUUUCAUCUCCUAAAAUCAUCUUUUGCCAUUUAUUCCAUUUAUAUAAGUUUUUUUUGUUGUUAUUGUGUUUUUGUUAUUGUUUUUUGUUUUUACUAAAAGCCUUAGCAUUCUUCUUCUUUUAAAAAUGUUUGAUAAGCUGAGCUUGUAGCUUAAAGGCACUGUACCAACCAGCUGAUAUGUUCAUAUAACACUGAAGUAACAGGUGAGUAAAGAAAAUCGGAUAUUUUUCAAAUUAUUAAUAGCUUCCUAUAACUGCAUGAGACAAGUCAUCUAUCUCUCAGUUUAAAUUUCUGCUAUAUAGCAUUGAUGUUGGUAGGGCAGGAGAAAUAACUCCCAGCUUACAGAAGUGCAUUAAUAAGAAGCAAUUUUUAACAGAACUCUUGUAAAGCUUUCUGCUCUAGCAUGUCUUGUAACACGUUUAGAUUACCUAAAGUACAUAGCUGUAUAGCUAAUGACCACAGUAAUAUAUUUUAACUAUUUCUUAAAUUAUAUAGAAAGUAAUUAAGAAUAUAACUCCUAAGUUUAGUAAAAUAUUUAUUGUGUCAAUUAUUUUAAUCUAAGAUUUAUUUCAAAAAUUAUUUGUGAAACAGUCUUGAUGUGGGAAUUAAGUUCGGAAUCAUUCAUUUUUCUCCCUAGCAUUUUCUGGUGGUGUUGUAUGUUUUUUAAACUUAGUCUAUAGUGAGACCUUACACUAUGAUGACAGAAAAACUAAUAUGUCUGAGGCUUUUCAGAUCUGUCACCUCACCCAACAGACUAUGUAGAAAUUCAUCAAUUACUUGUGUCUUUCUAUUAGACCAUUUGCCACAAAUUCCCUUUUUUUCCUAUGGAAAAGUAGUAGUACUUGUCGUAUCAAUAAGCCACAUAUUCAUCAUACAAUACAUACAAUACCUGGAAUAUUAUAUGACUACAGCUCAAAUUUCUGUGAUUCCUUGCUGAGAACUUCUGAACAUUUUAAUUUAACUAAUAUUCCCAGGUCUAAAUUAUUUGGUCUCAUUAGGUAAAGUCUUCAUUUUUUUUGACCCUGACACAAGAGCCAUUAUCAUCAACUAUUUUUUUCUGGCAUGGUUAUGUGUUUACCUUUUUUCUGUUUUUUCUUUUCUUCCCCUUAAUCUUAGUCUUCUUCUCAGGAUAUAUUGGGUUCUGAUGUUAAUAAAAAUUGAUUUCUAAAUGAAAAGAAAUCUCUGACAUAUACUCUACAGGAUUUGUUCUUGUCUUAGCAUAAGUCAUAUGCUUAUGACCAAAUUGUGCAUCGAACUUUCGAGAAGUUCUGGUGCUAAUGGCCUUAAGAAAACUACUGAUAUAGUGUAAAAUUAAUGUAGGUUUACCAAUAUAACCUCUAAGAUCAGCCCAUAAAUACAUUCUUGUAUAGAUCCUGUUACCUUCUGGUGAAAUUCUCUUGUGCUGUAGAAGCAUGCUACAAGCUUUCUGCAGCAUUUAUCCCCAUCCAGAACUCCACAGGCUGCUUUUUAUUCCACACACUCCUUGGCUUAUGCUUGAACAACAUCUGCAAUGUGUGGAGACCAUUUUACAGAAACAGCCCUGAUGCAUGGAUUCCCUUUCUAGUUUGCUUCACAUUCCUUCCGCAGAGAGCCAGAGAUCUGCAGCUCCAAACAAAGGGAACUCACACUAAUGCUAGUGGUAAAACCUGUGCUUGAGACUAUGACUCAGAAGGUGUUUUGUAGUCACUGUAGUUUUAUGUUUGGAUAGCCUUGUGAACCAUAUACCCAUCUCUUUCCCCCUUAAUAGUUUGCCUUUUUCCAAAGAUAAGUAAUAGCCUUUCUAUGAAACAGUGCCUCUGUAUGUUCUAGAGAUGGUACCUCUAAAGCUUUAGGGUUGUUUGUGUUUUUCAUUGUCUACUUGUGUACACACAAGCAUACAAACACAUGCACACCAGCAAAAUUGUGUAAGUUUCUUUCACAAUAAACUCAGAUGAUCAGAUGAUUAGUCCCUGUCAGUUAGAUGACAUGUUAACACUCAUCUGUCUUCCUUCAGAAUGGCAAAGGGAUGUCAUAAUUCCAGUUCCAGUGCCUUGUAUAUUAGAAUUUCAUUAUAAUUCUCCUGUGUUGAGCAGAACAACAACUUUUGACAAAAAUGUACUCAAGAUAAGUGUUUUUUUUUAUUAUUAUCAUUUCAUUUUAUUGAAGACAUCAAGAACAAUGCUGCAAAGGUUUCUGUGCUGCAAAGCAGAAUAAGUGGUUUAUUAAUGUUUAGGAUAGACCAUACACAAGCUUGGCUCAAGAAGAUUAACUGGGAUGUCAAGUUCAUACCUGAUCAAUCUCCUUCACUGGCAAGUUUCUAAAAACUUAUUCCUAAUGAUAGCAUCAAUUGGAGAGGGAUUUUGGCCAGCAAAUGACAUCUGAUCUAUUGCUUUCAGUUCUGUGCUUCAAACUUUCUAGACUCACAGUCUUUUAUACCUAUUUUAUCAACCCAAGUUGCUUACAUUUUUCAUGUGACUACUGUUUGCUCAGUAAACGCAUUCUCACCCCUGAUUCUAGAAAGGUUUUUAAAUGCUAGAUCAUAAAUGAACUUCGCAUCAUUUAGGAUUGAGCUCUAUAUGAAUUCUCAGUGCUUCAGUGCUUUAAAAAUGUAUUUUCCAAUCAACAACAAGUAGUAUUGCUUUAUUUCUGGAGUGUAGAGAAGUAAACUAAUAUUGGAGUUAGAAUUUUGUAGGUCAGUAAUUUCAAUGCAUAACUAUUACUGUGACAAUGUAGUUAUUGAUAAACUAAUUAAGAAUACAGGAAGUACAGAAUUUCAUCAUACUUAAAUUGAGAUGUUAUGGCACAGAAAAGAACAGAGAAGGAAAUGACUUUGUCUUGUAUUGAUCUCAUGUCUCUGUGACAUUCUAGGAUUGUGAAUGGAAAUUAAAACAAUAUUUUGAAAUGA